AUGCUCACACUCCAACGAGCUGUCCAGAUCCUCGCCGUCUGCAGCACAUUCAUCAGUCUCUCCCACCAGAAAUGCAUCAAAGAUGAAGACUGCAGCUUAACCGGCAUCUGCAGUAGCGGCGUCUGCAAAUGCGAUCCUGGCUGGAUCGGAGACGACUGCGGCGUUCUCGACGUCCGCCCUGCCAAGCGAGACAAUGGCUACAACCAAACUGCCAAAGGCACAUCAUCCUGGUGCAACAGCAUCGUGAAGGACCCGAAAGAGCACAACCUAUAUCAUCUAUUCAUAUCUGAGUUCAGUCACGGCUGUGGCCUCGACUACUGGGCCCCGUAUAGUCGCAUCGUCAGAGCAGAGUCUCGUUCCGGCCCAGCUGGUCCGUACGCAUUUGCCGCCGAAGUCCAGGGUACAUUUGCACAUAAUCCUACCGUUGUGUAUAGUCCCGCUGAUAAAGAAUGGCUAAUGUACCACAUUGGGUGUCCGACCGAGGUGCCGGACACAUGUCAGACCAAGCAUUUUACCUGUGGAGCAGGAAACACGAAUAAUGGCGAGAGCGGAAUCAGCGUCAUGGCCAGCAGCGAUCUGAGGACCUGGAAGACCAAGGGGCAGAUAUUAAAGGGGAAUGACGGAAGUGGCUGGGACGCCGAUGUCACGAACCCGUCUGCAUUUCCGCUCUUCUCGAAGGGAAACUGCGGGAAGAAGCAUCACGAGGACACGUCUGCGAUAUUGCUAGCCUACCGCGGUUGUCCGUAUAAUUGCUCCGGAGCAGAGCUCAUCAACCUCGCUGUAGCAGAGAAGGGGUAUGCGGGUCCGUAUAAGAAACUCCAGCAGGAUCCAAUCUUUGCCAACGUCAAUGAAGAUCCGUUUAUCUGGCGUGACAAGCGGGGGAAUUACCAUAUGCUGCUGCAUUCUCUGGAACCGGAGGGUGGAUUUGGCGAUGGGCCCAAGGUCGGGCGUCAUGCUUGGGCGCGUGAUUACACGGGGCCGUGGACGUUUGGAAGCAAGACACUGGCGUUUAGUACGGAGGUCAAGUAUGAUGAUGGGAGUGCGAUUGACUUUUAUCGUAGGGAGAGGCCGCAGUUGUAUUUUUCGGAGGAUGGGAGCAUGACGCCUUUGUUUUUGGGGACGGGCGUGCAGCCUAGGGAUAGUCCGAUGAGUUAUUCGGUUAUUGUGCCUGUUGGGGAUGCGGGUGUGCGUGCUCAGGGGGAGUAG